AAGGAUAUUAAAAAUUAAAUUGUGGAAGCCAUUGAAUAAGCAUAAAAUGCUUGAUGACGUGUAACACUCCACAUUAUUUUAUAUUUUCACCUUAUUCUAGCAUACUAGGUUACUAUACCAUGAGGGGCCCUCUUAUGUGAUUCAUUCAAUGGUGUAUUAUCUAAUAAAACCUUGUUUAGUGUCUCAUUAAGGUGUUUUUUAAAGGCAAAGUCUUUCAUAGAUGCAUUAUAAAAAUAUGACUCCUCUCCCACUUGGUGCAUUCCAAAUUAAAUUUAUACUCCCUCGAUAACUUUCAUUUACUAUGUGUUUUCAUUGAUCAUUUGAUGAGAUAAAAUAGGUGAGAAGUCCUAAAUCCUGCCUAAUCACCUCCUUCCAAUUCUUCCUAGGUCUACCCCUUCCCCUACUUCCCCCGAUAACCGUAAUCCUCUUGCAUCUCCGUACAGGGGCGUCAGCAAUCCACCGUCUCACAUCUCAACCUCGCUUUCGCAACUUAUCUUCCACCGGCGCCAUGCCUACUUAACGUCGGAUAACUUCGUUCGAAAUCCUAUCCAACCUUGUCUUCCCACACAAGGUUUGACCAUAUGAAUAGUAAUUGCAAAGAAUCAAGUGAGACAAAGGGAGUAUUAUUGUUACUAAUGGACAUAAAUUCUCAUUUAUUACUUGUCGCCUAGGCGGUCUCCUACACUGGCGCCGUGGCAACUUUGGCUUAACUAAAAUUAUAUAAGGUCAAUUUAAAUCCGACAAAGAGAACAAGCCAUGAGUCCUAUUUCAACAAUGUUAGAUCUUAAAAAAAGAAAGCACAUAUAGUGAUAGCCUUAUACAUCGAAAUGGAAGGCAAACGUGCAACAAGCUGCGCCGCUAUCCCUUUGAACUUCUUAUAUAACUGAAUUUAUUUUUUCACUUUCUGUAGAACUUCUUAUAUAAAUUUGAAUAUAUUUAAAUUUUUUCAUGUAGUUUAGUAGUUUACUCACCUUAUCUUUAUUUUUAGAGCAUAGAAUAUUUUUUGUUAAGAAUUGAGAUGCAUAUUUUUUAAAGUUGAAGGUUUAUUACUUGGAAUAUAUGUAAAUAUAGCUGGUGUGUAUGGAAAUUUCACAUUCCAUGAUGUUAGUAAUACAUGUUUCAAAAGUAACAAGUGAUUUUUUGGGGAAUUCUUUGCUGUUGUGUGGUCAAUAGAAGGAAUGAAAGUUGUAUCCUAUGAGUUGGGGCGAGCAAUGGGGGACCCUGAAGGCAAUGUAAGGGAACAAAUUUUAAAAGAUGCUGAUAAACUUGUAUCGUGCUUAGCAAAUAAGGUUUCCGAAACAUUUAAAUUUAGUUUGACGGGUGACUCGUCGAGGUCCUGUAAAUAUGUUCUCAAUACACUUAUGCAGACUUUUCAAAACAGAAAUCUUGCUCAUGCUGCCAAAGAGAGCACCUUUAUGGUUCUCAUUAGGGAGCUUCUUCUCUGGCUUUUGGAUGAUAGAGUUUACCGAAUGGAUGAUGGCUGUCAGCUUCUGAAAACCUUGAAUGUUCUGAUGCUUAAGAUCUUGGUAUGCAUGCAUAAGAAAUUAUAUUGCUUGCAUGUGCUUUGACUGUAUUGGUUGGUCAUAAAAUGAAUCUAUUUUUUGGCCAGAAUGUUCUUUUAUCCCUUUCCUCUUUAGCAUUUAGAAAGAAAAACCAGAUCUGUAAGUAAUUCGGCCGCAAGAGCACACAAUUACGUACUAGCCAGUAGCUGCCACAUACACCAUGGCGAACGAAACUUGCGCAAUAUGUUACCGGAGAGUGCUAGAGGAUGAGGAUAUCUUCAACUGCCCUAUAUGAUCCAAACCACUUCACACGCCAUGCUUGGAUGAAUGGUCUAUGCACUGUCUCCCCAAAACUUCAACAAGGGCUUUUAAUUGUCCGAAUUGCAGGCAGGAUCGGGGUCCGCCGCUACUGCAUUUUGAUCCGCUAGCACUGGAUAUUCUUGAUCUUAACGACAACCUUCUCGAGGGAUUUAACAUCGUUGAUGACAAAGUUCCGCGCGUCCAAGUUGAGGAGGAGGAGGAGGAGGAGGAGGAUGACGAAGAAGCAUGAAGAUCACGACCAAUUCUGAAAAUAAAAUAUGGAGUGCAUAUUAUAUAUUUAUGUUCUACUCAUACGCAUACAUGUGCUGUAGUAACUUUAAUUACUCCCAAUUAUGUAUCAAGUAUCGAUGGAUGGAUGGUAAUUUA